AGCCUUAACCCUCCGUUUCAGACACCCUCAUUUCUUCUUUGCAACCACGUCCUUCAUCGGCAACAAGCGACCACAACUCUUCGGUCCCUUCGUCGUCUCUUCCUCCUUGUGCCUCCUUUUUCAAAUAGUAAAGAAGAGAGAGAAGGAAAGCACCAUGUCGUUUGGUUUGGGCAUUGUGGCCGCAUUGGCGGCUCCCCUGACGAUGACGUUGGGUUUCAUUGUGUGGGACAAUCAUUGGACAGGCAGUGCCUUUGCCCUGAACAUGUUCAAGUGCAACCUGGCAUCUAUUUGGUUUGUCGUCUUGUCAGCGACCACACGAGACGAUCCCUUUUCGGCGCAAGUGUUUACCGGCGACAGUGUGGGGUUCUUGAUGCUGUCGUCGGCCAUUGGUAUUCUAGUAGGCGACUUUGCUUGGUUGGAAGCACUCCGAUUGCUGGGUGCUCGCAAAGUGAUUGUCAUGGAUUCCUUAAAGCCCUUUUUGGCAGCAGUCUUUGGAUGGGCCUUGUUGGGAGAACAGUUGCAGUGGGCCGCUCUGGGAGGAAUUGCCUGCACUGUCGUGGGGAUUCUACUGGUCAGUCUAGAAGACAGACAGACGCAGGAAGACGACAAUGAAGAAGCAGAACAAGAGGAGGUUGUCUUGCAGAGUGUAAUGAACUCGGACAAACACGACGCCCAACUACUAGCCAACCAGAAAGAUACGGAUUUCUCUACGAGAACCGAUGUAACGACUCUUGUUGACCGUUCGACACUUUCCUUGGCAACCGGGAGUUUCCCUCCUGAAGAACCUGCAGUGGAUGACAACUGUGUCGAUGUGCUAAUCGAUCCAACGACAGAAACCAAUCUACCGGAUGCUCAAUUAGAAAUAAGGCAAGAACAGCAGAACAGUCAUGAUGAUGAUGACGGCAUUGAGCCACAAUCCAGAAGCACUGCUGUUGUUGACGAAACCCGGCCCUCCACCAAUUCCACAAAGCGGGCACAGAGUGAGUGGGACUUUUUCUACGGAUAUGGCAUGGCAAUCAUCAAUGUGCUGCUGGACACCUACGGAUCCGUUCUGACCAAGGAACACGGAACGAAAUUCACGACGUGGGAAAUCAAUCUGGUACGGUUUGGAUUUGCGGGCGUGGUCAUGCUGUUCUGUUCCAUUUUCUUGCAGACGAGAGAUUGGUUUGUGGGCUGCUCGUCCUCUUCCAGUUCCAACAACGAACCCGACGUUGACAACACUGGAAGAACCAACAGCGAUGAAGAACAAGGGUCACCAUCCACAGAAACCGAAACUGUCGGCGCAAUUGCUUGGUACAAGUUGCCAGUGGAUUCCAUGUCGGUUGCGGCAUGGUUGCACGUGUCGGGUGGUGUCCUCUUCGUGACGUUCUUCACUCCUGCAUUGAGCAACUACGCACUAUUUCAGAUUGCCUUGGCGUUGGCACUCACGCUGGGUUCCAUUGGGCCUCUGUAUGCCUUGCCAUUGACCUAUCUCUUGCAGAAAGAUCAGGCAAUGCCUAGUUUGCAGGCUGGUGGCGGUGCCGUAUUGGCUGUCGCGGGCAUUCUCAUCUUGGCCUUCUGGGGGACCUUGGAGUAA